GCAGUACAAUCGCGAAACCAAGCGGACAGCGGCUGCGGCAGAGUACUUCGACUGGACUUUGAAAAGAAAUACCGUUAAAUCACGGGUAUAGACUCAAUCAGCAGGGAUCUAUCCUCUUUGGCGGAAAUUUUAGUUACCCGUGUUUUGAAGAUAUCGCUGGAAUAUACAAAAAAAACCCAAAUUGUUAAUAAAAAAGUUCCACCGCUAUUUUUCUCGUCCGUGGAGACACUGUAGGGAAUAUUUAAUUAUUCCUUCUUGUUUGGAGUCAGGGUCGCUUGUAUCAUUAUCAAAAACGACAGGAACAACACAUUUCGCCCCUGCCAAGCUAGUGGCCAACAGGCACCGGUGAUCAUGGACAGUGUUCGGCUCCCGCUGCUGCGGCUCCUGUCGGCGGUGGUGCUGUGGUCAUUGCCAGGGGCGUGGGCGGGGAACAGCACUCCCGAGGGCUGCGGGCCAGCGGUCGGCUCGCUCUACUACAACCUGUGUGACCUGAACGGCGUGUGGGGAGUGGUGCUGGAGGCCUUCGCCGCCGCCGGCGCCGUGGGCUCUCUCAUGCUGCUCCUCGUGCUGCUUGCCAGCCUGCCCUUCGUGACGGAUGGGAAGAGGCGGAGCUCGGUGGGGCUGCAGGCCGGCUUCCUGGUGUUCACGCUGGGCCUGUUCUGCCUGGCCUUCGCCUUCAUCGUGGGGAAGGACUUCUCCACCUGCGUGGCGCGGCGCUUCCUGUUUGGCGUGCUCUUUGCCGGCUGCUUCUCCUGCCUGCUGGCACACGCAGCAGGCCUGAACGUGCUGGCGAGGCGCGACCGCGGUCCCCGCGGCUGGGCGCUGUGUCUGGCCGCGCUGGCGCUCUGGCUGGUGGAGGUGAUCAUCAACACGGAGUGGCUGACCAUCACGGUGGCCCGCUACCCGCUCAACGCCACCGGUGUGCCCGCGGCCUGCGCCAUCGCCAACCCGGACUUCGCCAUGGCACUCAUCUACGUCAUGGUGCUGCUGCUGGCCGCGCUGGUGGCGGCGGCCGCCGCGCUGGCGGGGAAGGGCGGGCGCUGCCGCAAAGAGGGGGCGUUCAUCCUGGCGACGGGCGUGCUCUCCGUGGGCAUCUGGGUGGCCUGGAUCGUCAUGUACGUCUACGGGAAUCAGCGGCAUGGGAACGCCAGCUGGGACGACCCCACGCUGACCAUCGCCCUGGUGGCCAACGCCUGGGUGUUCCUCAUCCUCUACACCAUCCCCGAAAUAUGCACGCUCACUGAGGAAGGGGCAGGACAGCCGGGGUACGGGGACGACCUGUACCCCUCCAGGGGGGUGGGCUACGAGACCAUCCUGAAGGAGCAGACCUCCCAGAACAUGUUCAUGGAAAACAAGGCCUUCUCCAUGGACGAGCCCAGCGCAGGCCAGAGGCCGGUGUCUCCCUACAGUGGGUAUAACGGCCAGCUACGCAGCUCUGUCUACCAGCCCACCGAACUGGCCCUGAUCAGCAAAGGAGUGGGGAGUGGGGAUGUGUCCUAUGAAACGGUCCUCCCCCGAGCCUCUGCCCCCUCGCAGGCUCCGAGCGGCAGCUCCACACCCCGAGCGGACGAGGCGGCGGCCGGACAGCCACAGGGCAGCAGUGGUAACGGCCUGCACAGGAAGCCUCAGUGGUGAACCGCCUCCUCUCUCGUCUCUGUGCCUCACUUUUUUGAUUUUUGUUU